AAAAGAGGAACUGAGACUUAUUUUUCACCGGUUAUUUCUGGAAUAUCGCUUCUUGUCACGCCGCUAUAUUCAUGCAGCUGUCGAAGAAAGUUUUCUUGUGCCUGUGCAUGAUGAUCUCUAAAAGUGUGUUUGGUGUUGAUUCAGAUGAAGUGAAGUCUGUGAUGGAGGGAGAUUCUGUCACUCUUCACACUCAUCUCACUGACAUACAGACAGAUGAUCAGAUACUUUGGAUGUUUGAACCUCAGGGGUAUCUUAUAGCUAAGAUCUAUAAACAGGCCAACUCAAGUUAUAUAUAUGAGGAUGAUGAGAGAUUCAAAGGCAAACUACAGCUGGAUGAUCAGACUGGAUCUCUCACCAUCACAAACAUCAGCAUCACAAACUCUGGACUUUAUAAACUAACCGUGAUGAACAACAAAAGCGGAAAUUCAUACAAGAAAUUAAAUCUUGCUGUUUAUGCUCGUCUGUCUGUUCCUGUCAUCAUCAGAAACUCUUCUCAAUGUUCUUCAUCAUCAGAAAGAUCUUCAGUGUCAAAAUGUGUGUUGUUGUGUUCUGUGAUGAAUGUGACACUUGUGAGUCUCUCCUGGUACAAAGGAAAGAGUUUAUUGUCCAGCUUCAGUGUGUCUGAUCUCAACAUCAGUCUCUCUCUACCUCUGGAGGUGGAAUAUCAGGAUACAAACACAUACAGAUGUGUCUUCAACAAUCCCAUCACAAACCACACACAACAUCUUUACAUCACUGAUGUCUGUCAGCCGUGUUCAGCAGAAUUCAACUCCUCAAGUCUAAAAACGGCUGCUGCUGUUGUUUUUUCUGUUGUGUGUAUGUUGGGGAUCACAGCAGGUGUCGUUAACCACUGCAAAAGGGCUCCGAUUCAAACUCAGUUACAGUCAUACUGGAAUUUGCUUUUAGAAAAUACUGGGGAGAUUUAUAUGGAUGCAGGCUGGGGAUAAAUGCCGACAAUUUUACAUGCUAUAUACACCAUCAGUUUUAUUCGCAGUAGAUGUAUGGUGAGUGUUUAGUAGGGCUGACACAGAAGCCGUGUAGGUAUCUUUUCCUUUCAUCAUUAUUCAUCUCUGUUCAUCCCUUCUUUGUAGGAAAGCUGUGAAAUUGAGCACAAUGAAAAACACUGUAAUCUCUAAUGUUCUCCACCGUUACCAAAUUCAUGUACAACUCAAACUCUUUCAGGGACCUUUUCCCGUGUUACAAACAAAGUGACUUUCUGGACAGAUACUUAUCUUAAAUACUGUUUUGUGUUUGUUGAAUCAUAAAUGUUACCCGGGAAAACUUUUGACAUUUAGUCUGAACGGUGAUAUUUCCACAUCUUUUAAAUCCCACCGCUAAUGUGGCAAGUUUAUUGUCUUAAAUGUUAGCAGGUGGUAAACGCUGUUUUAUGCACUUUAUGUAGUCUAUGUAAAUGUUGAGUUCAUGUUUUUAGUCCUCCUGUCUUAAGUUCUCAUAGCUUUUUCUUAUUUGUGAGAUGGUUUGAUGUAGUUUUAAAUACAAAUCCGCAUACGAUAUUAUUGCCUGUGUAUGAAAAGUAAUAACUUUGUGAUGAGGUUGAAAUGAAAGCUAUUUAUGAAAUGUAUGCACUAAUGUUGAUGGAUGACCAUGUAUCUAAUGUUAGAUUAAGUAACUGACACCUAUUGUUGGUUAUACAGCAGGUGUUCACCCCUUUGAAACAUUACUUGGAUUGCAUGCAUCGUAACAUUAUUGUGAUAAGACGGAUGUUGACUCUUUUUCUACACCAUAUUUUUGAAUAAUAAUUUAGAGGUGUGUGCCAGUCUGAGAUUUGGCAUGCAUUUCAGACUUUUCUGCCUAUUUUACUCCAUUUAGUCAUACCAAAUGAUAUUGUACUGAAGCAUCAAAUCUGCAUUUGCUCUUAGGUGUUUCAUCUGAGAAGCAAAAUGCAUAGUUUUGACAACUAUAUUUUACAAAACAGAACAGCAAAAUGAUUGUAAGGACGUGAAAAAAAUAAGAGGGAUUGUUAGAUGUUUUGUGGGCAUCUUGGCUUUUUUGUCUUGAACAAUAAAGUGUAGCUUUGACAGCUGACAC